AUGUAUCAAGUGAUGUCUCUUCCCACAGCAACACUUGUCGUUUUUAUGUUUCUUCGAGGAGGGUUGUCUCUCGUGGAUAAUUGUGAAACGAAAUCAAUUGAAAUGAACAUCGUUCGCGUGAUGAACGUGGAAUACGAAGGCACCAUGCGCAAUGCUGUCUGUGUAGCCAGUGUCCUUGUCAACGAAUGUGAUGGCACGUGUGUUUCGCGUGUCACUCCAAGCGUUUCCCGAUUUCCUGGCUUUGACAAAAUUUGCAAAUGCUGUAGUGAAUCUAGACUGGUUUCAAGAGAGGUCACUUUGACAGAAUGUCGAGAUGGAAACCACGUGUUGGAGGGGGUGCGCCCUACUACGUCCUUCUCUGAGCCCGCUGGCUGUGCUUGUCGGUCCUGCCAAUACUGA